AUGACGGAUGCCCAGGCCAAAGUCAACAGCAGAAGAGGCGUACGUGUGUCCACAGGGAAGAAGAAGUCCAAGCUGCAGGUCCUGAGGUCGCGGCUGUUUGGGAGGAUGAAGAGGAAGGAGACGGAAGGACUGAUGAAGCAGAGCCAGUCCGCCAGUGAUGUCACCGCUGAGGCGGCCAGGGAGGGAGAGGGAGACUCCGAAGACGAGUUUCUGUACUCACACAGCCGGCUGGCAUCUCGAGCGAUGUCACAUGACAGCAUCUUCCUCGCCGAUGAAGCACAGGCCCCCGUGGAGCCGGUCCGGAUUCUGUCCCAGGAGAGCGUGCACGGAAAGAUCAAAGCGCUGCAGAUGAAGCUGCAGCAGCAGAAUCUGCGUCUGGGCCCGCCCCCCCUUUUGAUCCCCGGUAAGCGGGCGGAGGACACGGGGGUUAGCUCUGAGGAUGACGGGCUGCCCCACAGUCCCCCCGAAAUCUCCCUCUCCCUGCCUGAGGGCCUGGCUCGGGGUGCCCCAAAGUUCCCUGACACUCACAGACACCUUAGCUCUCUGAGUUUAGCGGGAACAGGAAGUGAAGAAGAGGAGCAGGCUUGCUCCCAGCCUUCGUCCCGCCCCCUGUCCCCCGGGACGAAGCCGCCUCCCCCCACCGCGCCCGCCGCCGCCCCGCCGCCCGGCGUGGACUUCGACAGCCCCGCCCAGUUCACCCCCUGCCUGGACAACUCGGCUGCGCGCCAUCGCAUGUCCGUCAAACCCAGGAACCAGCGAGUCAGCGUCAAGGGGCGGAGACUGCCCUCGCAGCAUGUCUCCCGGCCUCGCUCUGAGAGUCUGAACGCUCUGGACCGGGCCCUGCCGGAGACAGAUGAGGAAGAGGAGGGUGAGGUCCCCAGAGACCCGAUCCGCUUGCGGUCCUACUCCACCCAGGUCAUCCGCUCUGGGGAGGGGGGGGCCCUGCGGGACCCCCUGGUGGGGAAGGUGCGCCUCACUGGGGAGGGUUUUGGAGUAGGACACACAGACACCGACCUGUUGGAGGAGCACGUCACCAUGAACCCCCUCUUCCUCCGGCCCAUGCCUCAGGGUCUGGAGGCCCCCUGGGUGCUAGAUUUGGAGACCGGGGCCACCCCGCCAAAUUCGGCCGAGUUGCAGAAACCCUCGCAGACUGAACACCCCAGCGCUGGCCCACCACAGGGGGGCAGUGACCCUGGACAGAGGGACUCUCUGAAAGACACACCGGCACCCUCCACCACGCCCACGCCCACUCCUGCAGGCCUGCUGUCCGUCUCUGAGAGCGGCCUACCCAAAUCUCCAAUGAGGCGUGUCCAGGGCGUGGCCCGAGAGCCAGUGUGGCCUCCGGCCCAGCCCAAAACGCAGCCCUUCCCCACUCCCACCGCCGCCGCUGCUGCUGCUGCUCAGCAGUCCACAGCACCAUGGAGGUCAUCUCUGAAAAGGAACACGACGGAACAAACCCAGUGGGACUGCCUGCGUCCAGAGCCAUCCCAAUCUGUCACAGCGCCACCUGCUGGCUCGGAUGACCAGCCGUCGUCGGAGGGCGCCGAUCACGGGAAGCCGCAGGGGCCCGGUUCUGGCUCGUUCCGGUUCUCCAUCGCGUCGGCCUGGGACCGACCCCGGGGGGGCAGCCUGCUGGGGAGGGAGGAGAGGAGAGGAGCCAAGAGCUCCUCCGACUCCCCGGAGGUCCCGGCCGGGAAGCCGGAGGAGGCCAAACCCAGACUGCAGCCCCUGAACCCUGGGUCAGGGGGGAAGGGCGAGGGAGGGCCGCCGGUGAAGGCCUCGUUCCCCUCCUCUAGGCGCGAGGAGGAGACGGUGGCAGCUCCAGAGGAGCCUAAACCAAAAGACCAGCCCAGAAACCUGGGGCUGUUUCAGGAGAGGACUAACCCUAAUGCCAGGGGAAAGGAGGGCACGGCCCCCAGGGGCCCCGCUUGGGGGGCUGGGGGCGGGGGCGGGGGCUCCGUGCCGAAGCAGGUCGCCGUAGAGACGGCGACGAGAGGGGCGGAGGAAGGGAAGGAUUCCAGAGAGACCCGGAGCAGGGGAUCGGAGGAGGAGAGCGAGGGGGAGAAGGAUGAGAGGGCCACGUUUGGCGUGAGGCUGCGCUCCACCUCCCAGUCCGCCAAGUACCGCCAACGGGAAGCACCGAAUCCAGAGACUAAACCCCCGAGCCUUAGUGUGGAGGGCUGCCCUCCGAGCCAGUCACCUGACCACCAAGCCAGUCUCCCCGGCCAAUCGCGCGUCCCCCCGGGCAGCCCUUUUGGCCAAUCACGCAACACCCAGGGUGGCCCUCUUGGCCAAUCACGUGACACCCAGGGCAGCCCUUUUGGCCAAUCACGUGACACCCAGGGCUGUCUGCAGGGCCAAUCACGCAGCCCCCAGGCCCUGACCCCCACCAAACGCCCUGACCUCCUGAAGCAGCACAACGUGGCGGCUCAAGGCUCCCAGUCCCUGAGGCGAGAGGGCGAGGACAGGGGCGCCGUCCCGGGACACCCCUGCCUCAAGCCCCCCCUGCACAGGACGCGCACGUCCCCAAACUCCGACCUCCCCGCGUCUCCUGCGCACCCACCUUCCACCCCCUCCAGCUCCACCAAGUGUGACCACGGGGACAGAGAGAGGCCCGGGGAGUCGAAGCGGGGGGAUGAUGUUGAUAUGCCCACAGAUCCAUCUUUAGAUUCAGGUCCAGCCCCCAAACCAGCGUCGGCCCCGCCCAAGGAGGCGGAGCCUGUGGUGUCGGAGCCUGUGGCGUCAGAGCCGGCCUGGAUGACCAUGGCGAGGGAGAAAACCAGGAGCCUCCAGCAGAUGUUCACCAGCAGACUGCCCCGGGAGUUUGCUGUGACCACGCCCACCGCCACGCCCACAGCCACGCCGAAACCCUCCCCGCUGCCCGCGCCCCUGACCCCCGUGCCCCCGACCCCUGCGCCCGGCCCCGCGCCCGGCCCCGCGCCCCAGCCCGCCCCACAGCACCCCCCUCUGGCCAUAGCAUCAGGGAGGGGCGACAGGGCGCCCCAGGGCAGGGCAGACAGGGGCGCACCAACGGAAAAGACGAAGAACGAGAAGAACGAAAAGACGCCGCUGGCGGAGAGCGCAGCGCCCCCUAGUGAUAAAAGGCAGGAGAGGACAGACCGAUCCUUCCCAGUGGGGGGCAAGCAGACAGAAGCUAAAGCAGCCCCAGCUGAGACCCACAGCACAGCGGCUGCUGCUCCACACAGAGCAGAGGCCAAGAUGGAGGGCAGACUGGCCUGCAGGGUCCACAGCUCAGAAGCAGCACCCAGCAGCACUCCUGCCCCGAGCAGGGAGAGAGAGGACAGGCAGCCAGUUCGGCCUGAGGUCCUGUCAGCAGCGCCUGCUGUGUCCAGCGGGGGGCAGCCAUCUUGGAUGGAACUGGCCAAGAGGAAGUCCCUAGCCUGGAGCGAUAAGGCCAUGGACUGAGAGAGAGAGAGAGAGAGAGAGAAGGAUGGAGUGAGAGGAGGAGAGACACAGAGAUCGGCAGUUUUCCUGCUGUGUUAAUGUUCGAUGAGAGCAGUGGUGACAACCUGCCCAAGUCUCAGUUCAGCCCACUGUCUGUGUGUGUGUCACGCCCACUGUCUGUGACUGUGUGUGUGUGUGUUUGUGUGUGUGACCGUGUGUGUGUGUAACAGGUGUGUGCUUGUGUAACUGACUGUAGCAGUAAUUGUCUGUAUGUGUAACAGUAAUGUGUUUGUGUGUGUGUGUGUGUUUGUGUGCGUGUAGCAGGAGGACUGUGAUUGGCUGUUGAAGCUGUGUGUGUAACAGGAGUGUGACUGGCUGUAGCAGCUGUGUGUGUGUGUAACUGGAGGGUGAUUGGCUGUAGGAGCUAUAUGUGUAACCGGACUAUGAUUGGCUGUAACAGCUGUGUGUGUAUCUGGAGUGUGAUUAGCUGUACAAGCUCUAUGUGUGUAACUGGAGUGUGAUUGGCUGUACGAGCUAUGUGUGAUCAUGAUUGGCUGAAGCUGCCACAGGCUGAGCACGCUGAAUGCCCAGUUCACAGCCUUCUCACGACGUUGCUGGAAUGUUAGAAAAUGGUUUUACAUCUGCAGCAAAGCAAAGCAGCGUGGGAGAUCUGACUCUUCGGUAAAAAAUGGAUUGUUGGUUCAUCCGUGACCAUUUCCAGACCCUGCACAGUGAGGCAGUGUGCUCACAAAGAGGUUGACUAGACCUUCAUCAGAAAUGUUUUUGAAUGGGCGACACCGUCGUGUAAAUCUCAAACAUUAACCGUAGCCAGCGAACAUGAACCGCUUUCCUCAGUGUCCCUGGAAAAGAGGAUCGCGACACCACAUCUAACCUCGUGACUGUACAGUAAUAUUGAGCUGAUGGCGUUAUUGAUCAUUUGGGAUGAAUGCUCGGUGUGAUACAGAGGACCAUCGCUGGCUGCUCAGACCAUCCAGGCAGCAGAUCUUGGAAAAUGGCAUCAAAUGCAAACUGAUAAACUGUGCUCAUCCUCCCUGUUCUGUAUUUUUAUGUACACGCAAACAAUGCAAAAAGAAAAUGAAGGAUACAAUUAUAAGCAUGUGAUUAAAGGGAAAAGCGAACUUCA